AUGGAACAAAUUUCAACCCUUGAAAUGUUACCAGAUGAAAUGAUAUUACUCAUAUGUCAAUAUUUUCGUGAUGCCGAAAUUCUUUAUUCAUUUUUCAAUUUAAAUUCUCGUCUUAAUGCGACAAUAACUGACUACUGUCAUUAUGUGAAUCUUAUGAAUGUUACACAUAAACAGUUUGAUUUUGUUGUGACGCAGAUUAUUCCUCAAAUUAGCCUUUCAAUACGAUCAUUUGUAUUCAAUGGACUAUGGGAAAAUAUCAUGUACAACGAAUUAAAUUCGAUAUUCUUUCAUUGGAAAUUAUCUUUAAUGUUUCCACAAUUACAUACAUUAUCACUUGUAAAUUUCAUUGAUCGACAACUAAAUUUUUUUCUUGAUAAAAUCACAGAUCUUAUGCAACUUGUCAAACUUGAUAUUAGAAACUUUCGAGGUGAACGUACAGAAGAAUUACUGAAGAAAGUUCUAGCUGCCAAUAAUAAUCGAUUGAAAUCUGUAUUAUUUGAUUAUGAUUCAAUUGGUUUUAUUCUAAAUGGAACAAAACAUGACGAAGCUGUUUCUUAUCCAAAUAUCGAAGAAUUGAUAGUGAACUUAGAGACAGAUAAAAUGUUAGAAUAUCUAUUCAUACUUGCACCACAUAUUAAUCGUUUACAUAUUGACUUUGAUCAAUUAUCAUCUACUUCAAAGUCGACAUUAGCAAAUAUAUCAUCUCUUGUUCAUCUAAAAGAUUUUCAGUUACGUUCGAUAAAUAUAAACUGGUCAUUAGACGAAAUUACUUAUAUUCUGAAUAAGAUGCCAUCUUUGCAGCGAUUAGCAUUGGAUCUAUGUACAGAAGAUGAAGAUCUUGUUAAUGGACAGAAUUUCAGUUCAAUUCUACCUUCAUCACUUGUCGAAAUCCAUUUUUUCAUUAUAUAUUAUUUCUCUAGAUUACAUAGUGAAGUAAUUACUUUGAUGUCUACAUGGCCAACUCAUAUCCGAAUAACAUGUUUACUAGAUGAAUCAAAUGCAUAUACAGUAAUUCAUACAAUUCCCUGUGACUUACCUUCAAUUAUUAUUCCAGCAAAAAUAUCAAAGUGCAUGUUGGCUGGUUCUGAAUAUACACGAAAGGUUAAAGAUUUAACUAUUUUUGAUGAGCAAUGUUCAACUGAUAUACAUCAGAUAGUGCAACACUUCCAUCGACUUCGAACGCUCACUAUCGGCUCAAAAAAUAAUUUAGAAAUACUUACUUUUCAAUCAACUCAGCCAAUUAUCUUGCAUUUACCUUAUCUGACGCAUCUCAAUGUGAAAGGAGUGUGUGAAAUAUUUCGUCUAGUUCAAGCUGCCCCUAAUCUCGAGUAUUUAAGAAUCAAUUUGAAUUGUUUAAAUAUUGCACUCAAUGAUGUAUCAACAUGUGAAUUAUUGCAAAAACGCAUUGUAGAUCUUGAAAUUACUCAUAUUCAAGAAGUUGAUUCUAUUCAAUUAGGCGUCGUUGCACAAAAGUUUAAUCAUCUUCGUGAUUUUAGUUUAUUCUUGAAAAAUCCAAAAAUUUUCGUCGAUUCACUGAUUCUACAAAUGAUUUCAUUGUGGAAAGAGAAAAACCUUCGUGGCCUUUAUAUUAAUGGUUCGUUAACAGAUGAAGUCAGUAAAAAUUUUCGUCAAUGGCUUAUCAGUCAUAGUCAUUUACGUCAAGAAGAUUCAUUCAUUGUUAAAUACGAAAACAGUUGGAUUGUUCUAUGGCUUCUAUGA